UUUUUUUUUUUCCUUCCCUCUGUCAAAUCACUCAUGUUGCGAGCAGGCACCAUUUCACUUCGCAAUUUGUCAUUAGCUCAGGCACACCUUGGUCAUGAUGCAACAUCAUUGCCCUUGCGUUAUUUGAUGACUAGCGCAGCUUUCCCACGCGUGAAGCGAUCAUCUCAGCCCAUAUCCACGCUGUCUAGGACCGCACUCCGCUUUUCUGACGAGGUUCAUUCUGCUCUCGAGUCCAAGAAACCAUUGGUGGCUUUAGAGAGCACUAUUAUUUCACAUGGGAUGCCAUAUCCGCAAAAUUACGAGACCGCGGUCGAAGUGGAAAAAAUUGUUCGCGAUAACGGCGCUGUCCCUGCGACCAUUGCCAUCAUAGAUGGGCAAAUCCAGAUCGGUCUCUCCCAGGACCAAAUCCGCAUUCUGGCUAAGUUGGGGAGAAGUGCUGUCAAGGCUUCACGGCGUGAUCUAGCAGUAGUUCUGGCUAAGAAACAAACAGGUGCCACCACAGUCUCCGCGACAAUGCUUCUAGCCCAUCGUGCUGGGAUCUCUGUGUUUGCGACAGGAGGGAUUGGAGGUGUUCAUCGAGGAUAUGAGAAUACGAUGGACGCCAGUGCUGAUCUGACUGAGUUAGGCAGAACCCCUGUGGCGGUUGUUUGUGCAGGGGUGAAGUCGAUUUUAGAUAUUGGCAGGACGUUAGAAUUUUUGGAGACACAAGGUGUCACCGUGGCUACAUUUGGCAACACUUCAGACUUUCCUGCUUUCUUUACACGAACCAGUGGAUUCAAAAGUAUGUUGAACGUCAAGACACCCAGAGAAGCUGCUGAAAUAAUAGCCGCCAACCAUGCAAUAGAUCUUCAAAGUGGGAUUGUUUUUGGAGUGCCUAUUCCCGAGGUAGAUGCUAUGGAUGACGCUUUGGUGGGGAAGGCCAUCGAUAUUGCUGUCAAGGAAGCUCAUGAGCAAAAUAUUUUUGGUAAGGAGAGCACUCCUUUCCUGCUCAAGCGCGUCAAUGAACUGACUGGAGGAGGCUCUCUCAAGUCCAAUAUCGCCUUGGUCAAGCAAAACGUGUCUGUAGCAGCGAGGAUUGCAAAGGAUCUCUCAACUCUGAAAGCGCAUUCUGUCGGUCAAACAAGAUCCUUCUCCACAUCUUCUCGAUACAUGAGACGUAAUGAGAGCAUCCAGAGACCUACUAUGGUUAUUGGCGGUGCUGUUGUUGAUAUAACAGCGACUGCCCACAAUACUAUGUUAGAUUCUAUGCUUAACAGUUCAUUCCCUGGGGUGACUCGGAUCUCAUUAGGGGGUGUUGGACGGAAUGUUGCUGAGGGUAUUUCCAGGCUCGACCCCAGUGGCUGCGUCUUUGUAUCUGCCGUUGGAGGAGCCACUAUACAUUGGUCAAAAAAAGAGGAUUCAGAUGGACCCAUUGCAAGACUUGAAGCCACAGAUGACUUAUUUGGAUCCUGGCUUAUUCAAGAACUAGGCCAUAGGGGCCAGCACAAACAUGAAAUCAUUACUGUCCCUGGAUCAAGAACAGCUACUUACACUGCACUACAUGACGCGACUGGAAAUCUCCUGUCUGCUGUAGCAGACAUGGAUGUUUUUGAACUUUUGCCUUCAGUCAAAGUAAAGGAAGCGAUCAUCAAGCAUAAUCCAAAAGUUGUUUGCUUUGAUGCCAAUCUCUCUGUUGAGUGUAUACGGACUAUUCUUGAAACGUGCCAUAAAUGUGAUAUUAAAACUUUCUUUGAACCAACCUCGGUUGCCAAGUGCAUACGGCCUCUACAUUUGUCAAUGUUUGAUACUCUGCUUGAUGGUGCACUACGAUUCGCAAGCCCUAAUGAGUAUGAGUUGCAGGAAAUGGCUGCCAGUGCUCGAAAUCUCAUCAAUGAGAAUCAGAAUUACGCACCUUUCAGAAGACUAAGCCAAAAGCCCAUUAGGAAGCCUGAAGGUAUCAAGAAUACAGUAUAUCCAGGAUUUUUACUGGAUGCCUUCUAUGUGUUACAGUUCAUUCCUACAUUAUUUGUCAAGUUGGGAGCCAAAGGUGUUAUAGUCUUUCAGAGGCAAGAUUCACAGCUAGACCGAGCUUCAAAGGAACUAGAGGACUGGAGCACGAGGACAAUUAAUACAAGAUCUUUCCCAUCGCUCAAAGUACAGGAUAUUAAAAGUGUUACGGGCGCAGGCGAUAGCUUUGUAGCAUCUGUGGUUACAAGUUUGAGCAAUCUGGACAGGUUUCAGCCCGAGAUAUCCUCGGGACUUGUCACCAGCCACGACGAGGUACUCUGGGCCCAUAUAGAACAGAUCGUUGAAGAUGGACAAAUUGCAGCGACAUUGACCAUGCAGACACAUGAAACUGUCGCUCAUGCGCUAGGCAUGAGUCGACAAGCUAGACGUCUUCAAGCGCUAACAUCGAAAUAGACAUAUCCAUUAAGAAAGAAGCCUACUAAGACUUCGCAUGCGUUAAAUCGUGAUAGAAAGAAAUAAAUACAAACGCCCAUGUUUCUU